GUGCGGCACCGGCCCCGGCCCCGCGCCCCGGCCCCGCCCUGCCCGCGGCCCGGCUCGGAGCGGCGCCCGCGUGGAUGGGAUGGAAGCGGGACCUUCGGGAGCAGCUGCAGGCGCUUACCUGCCACCCUUGCAGCAGGUAUUUCAAGCGCCGCGUCGGCCCGGGAUAGGAACUGUUGGGAAGCCCAUCAAGCUCUUGGCCAACUACUUUGAAGUGGACAUUCCCAAGAUCGACGUGUAUCAUUAUGAAGUGGAUAUCAAGCCUGACAAAUGCCCCCGCAGAGUCAACAGGGAAGUCGUGGAGUACAUGGUACAGCACUUCAAACCUCAGAUCUUUGGCGACCGGAAGCCAGUCUACGAUGGGAAGAAAAACAUUUACACUGUUACGGCCUUACCCAUUGGAAAUGAGAGGGUUGACUUUGAGGUGACAAUCCCAGGAGAAGGCAAGGACAGGAUAUUUAAGGUCUCUAUCAAAUGGAUGGCCAUCGUGAGCUGGCGCAUGCUCCACGAAGCCCUGGUGAGCGGGCAGAUCCCUGUGCCUUUGGAGUCUGUCCAGGCACUGGAUGUGGCCAUGAGGCACCUGGCUUCCAUGAGGUACACCCCGGUUGGCCGCUCCUUCUUCUCCCCCCCUGAAGGCUAUUACCACCCCCUGGGAGGUGGCAGGGAGGUCUGGUUCGGUUUCCACCAGUCCGUCAGGCCUGCCAUGUGGAAGAUGAUGCUCAACAUUGAUGUUUCUGCAACGGCGUUCUACAAAGCCCAGCCUGUAAUUGAGUUCAUGUGUGAGGUGCUGGAUAUCCGGAACAUCGAUGAACAACCGAAGCCACUGACAGACUCACAGAGAGUGCGUUUCACCAAGGAGAUCAAAGGUUUGAAGGUAGAGGUUACCCACUGUGGGCAGAUGAAGAGGAAAUACCGUGUGUGUAACGUGACCCGGCGGCCGGCCAGCCACCAGACGUUUCCCCUGCAGCUGGAGAGCGGUCAGACAGUGGAGUGCACAGUGGCUCAGUACUUCAAGCAGAAAUACAACCUGCAGCUGAAAUACCCUCACCUCCCGUGUCUCCAGGUUGGCCAAGAGCAGAAGCACACAUACCUGCCCUUGGAGGUGUGUAACAUCGUGGCAGGCCAGCGGUGCAUCAAGAAGCUCACAGACAAUCAAACAUCAACCAUGAUAAAAGCAACGGCCAGGUCUGCCCCAGACAGGCAGGAGGAGAUCAGCCGCCUGAUGAAGAAUGCCAGCUACAACCUGGACCCAUACAUUCAGGAGUUUGGGAUCAAGGUGAAGGAUGACAUGACGGAGGUGACGGGGAGGGUCCUGCCGGCGCCUAUCCUGCAGUAUGGAGGCAGGAACCGAGCCAUUGCAACUCCCAACCAGGGCGUGUGGGACAUGCGAGGGAAGCAGUUCUACAACGGCAUUGAGAUCAAAGUCUGGGCGAUUGCUUGCUUUGCCCCGCAGAAGCAGUGUCGAGAAGAGGUGCUGAAGAACUUUACAGACCAGCUGCGUAAGAUCUCCAAGGACGCAGGGAUGCCGAUCCAGGGCCAGCCCUGUUUCUGUAAAUAUGCCCAGGGUGCAGACAGUGUGGAGCCCAUGUUUCGGCACCUCAAGAACACCUAUUCAGGGCUUCAGCUCAUCAUUGUCAUCCUGCCAGGAAAAACACCAGUGUACGCCGAGGUGAAGCGUGUUGGGGACACUCUCCUGGGAAUGGCCACGCAGUGCGUCCAGGUCAAGAAUGUGGUGAAAACCUCCCCACAGACCCUUUCCAACCUCUGCCUCAAGAUCAACGUCAAGCUUGGCGGGAUCAACAACAUCCUAGUGCCUCACCAGCGCUCUGCUGUCUUUCAGCAACCAGUGAUAUUCCUCGGGGCUGAUGUCACUCACCCACCUGCUGGAGAUGGGAAGAAACCCUCAAUAACAGCUGUUGUGGGCAGCAUGGACGCCCACCCCAGCCGCUACUGUGCCACGGUGCGCGUGCAGCGUCCUCGCCAGGAAAUCAUUGAGGAUCUGUCCUACAUGGUGAGGGAGCUCCUCAUCCAGUUCUACAAAUCCACGCGCUUCAAACCCACCAGGAUCAUCUUCUACCGUGACGGUGUUCCCGAGGGGCAGCUCCCACAGAUCCUUCACUAUGAGCUGCUAGCAAUCCGAGAUGCCUGCAUCAAACUGGAAAAGGAUUACCAGCCUGGCAUCACUUACAUCGUUGUCCAGAAAAGGCAUCACACCCGCCUCUUCUGCGCAGACAAGAACGAGAGGAUUGGGAAGAGCGGAAACAUCCCAGCAGGAACAACAGUGGACACAAACAUCACCCACCCUUUCGAGUUUGACUUUUACUUGUGCAGUCAUGCAGGCAUUCAGGGUACGAGCCGGCCCUCCCAUUACUACGUGCUCUGGGAUGACAACCGGUUCACGGCAGAUGAGCUGCAGAUCCUCACGUACCAGCUGUGCCAUACCUACGUGCGCUGCACUCGCUCGGUCUCCAUCCCAGCCCCGGCUUACUACGCCCGGCUGGUGGCAUUCAGAGCCAGGUAUCACCUCGUGGACAAGGAGCACGACAGUGGCGAGGGCAGCCAUAUAUCUGGACAGAGCAACGGCAGAGACCCCCAGGCCUUGGCGAAGGCUGUGCAGGUUCAUCAGGACACUUUACGUACCAUGUACUUUGCUUGAAAGCCUAACUUUUGUUACCUCACUCAAGAAAGCUUUCAGAUUUGUAGGAGCCAUACAAAAAAGGAAGCAUUGGGACACCUUGUUUUUUUUUUUUCCAAUGAGAAAUCACUGCAGGGCAGGCAGCGUCGGUUCGAGGCAGGAGACCAGCACCACCGGACGGGAAGAUCCAACACCUCGGUAGGAUUGGAAGAGACUGAUUAUUUUUUUAAUUUUUUUCUGGCUUUGCAAAAUUUUGACCUGACCAAACACCUGAAGGCAUUCGAGGAAGGGAUAAAAGUCCCAGGAGGCGGAAGCAGGUUUUCAUGUUUAAGAUGCAAUACUAGAGACUCCUGACUGUGAAAGGCGGAUUUUGGUCCUCCGUUGCCCAUCAGGCGCUGGUAGGUAUUUUUUGUGGGGGUUGGGGGGAGGGGAUUUUUAGAGCCUUAAAACAGAAGACUAGAUUUAUAAAACUAAUAUUUUAGAAUACGAGAUGCUUUAAUGGGUUAAGGGGAAAAAAAACAGCUAGUUUAUAGAUAACUCUAACACUAACAGCUCCCCGCCCCCGAGUUCCCCCCAUACGACGUAAGGCACCCUAGCACUUAGAACUGAAAACUGUCUUCCUUGUGUUAAAAGCUAGUUAGCUGCUGCCAUUUGAAGCAACAGUCACAGACUUUUCCGUGGGUGAGUGCCUUACUACGAUGCUGCAAAAUUUCAAUGUUUUUAAUCUUGUAAGGAAAAUAGUAAUCUUGUCUUGAUGGUGGUCCAUAUUUCCAUCGGAAGGAGUUAAUUUCUAUGGUCCUGAGUUGCAGUUUGUGUUAGAUCACAACCUCGUGGUGGUUGAACUCCGUUGAAAGAUGUGCACUUUCAUAUAGGACACGUUUGAUGGCUGCUGACCCAUUUUUGUUUCCAAUGUACUACUUGUUAUUUAAACCCGUGUCUGACAAAUGGGGGCCCUGUCAUCCCAUGAGGACAGAAAUCGCUAUCAGUUUCUUUUUUUCUUUGUCUUGUUUUUUUUUCUCCUCGAUUUCUAUGAUGGACACCGGGAUUUUUUUACUGAGCAUUAUUUUUAUACGAUACCGAGUCUGUUGCCAAAUCACACGAGUCAUUCACAUCCUCACAGUUUACAUCGCCGCGCUCGCACCUGAGGUUCCCAACGUUUCCUGUGUGUUGCACAGUGUGGCCGUGCAGCUCGGGGCCUCUCCACCGUCGUGCUGCUGUCUUGUGCUGCUCUUUGUGUCGCCCUAUCGCCGAUUUGUGCGCGGGGUUUUUGUUCUGAAAGCACACCAGAGGCGUUCCUUAGGCAGGAUGAUCAAAUCCUUGUUCUCGCCGUGGGGAAGCUCCUCCCGAUCUCUUUUGGACAGGGAGAAAAAAAGCCUUGUUUGUUUGUUUGUUUCCAGCAGUAACGUGGUGGCUGCUUUUCAGACUCAUUUUGCUGCACAGAAUGACCAUCAUGCACAGCAGGGCAGCAGUAACAACUCAUUACCAAUGGCAUGUGGGCAGAUGGGUGGGUUUUUUUUCUAUAUGAAAGCUUUGCACAACGCUUCCUUGAAGAGGGAAACUGUGUGCACUCCUACCGAGCUCUCAGCAGAGCUCUGUCACCAUUUUACUGCCAAAAGUGUUUCUAGAGCAGAUCUGUCACCAGCGCUGCCCCUUGUCAGUGCACGGAUGGAAGCACACCUUUUGUUUUCUGCUUUCUGAUGUUUAAACUCGCCUUGCCUUCAUGAAAUCCACUCUUUGUCAUGCUGGCCCGUUGAUCUGUCCUAAUACUGGGAAUUCACUCUGCCUGUUUUCUUUCUGGGCAACGUGUUUGUGAACAAUGAAGACAUCAAUAUGCUAUGCAAACUAAGUGCUGAGCCCACUGAUGUCACCCUUGGUGAAGAUCCUACAUUUAGCACAGUUGUCUUUUUCCUCAAGACUGCAGUAUUUGGUUCACGUUUUCCUUUGCACCUUGUGUCAAACGCCACUGCUGUCUGUCUGCAGGGUGGUGGGGAGGAGACCAGGAGCUCUUCGUGGUCAGUAGGGUGUGAAGUCUUAGGAAAGCUUUUAGAGAGCAGGGAAUGCCUCAACUCAAAGUGUCAACGCGAGAAGCCUACAUUCCUAUACACAAGUGCCUGCAUAGUGACACAAAUCCAGCACCUCUCCAUUUCAUCCUCACACCUCUGGCUUGUGUUCCUCGAAAGCCAAACGCUCUCAGAGGGGCUGUGCCUGCUCACCUCGGAUGAGAAAGCCCCUCGUUAAGAACCACACCGGGGUUGAGGUCCAGGUUCUCUGUCAGUGGCUUUGUUCACCAGCAUUACAACGGAACGCACCCAGCUGCUGGCGGCAGCGAGGGCCGAAGGUCUUUUGGUUCCUAGUUCUUCUUGUAGUGUUUUAGUUGGGUCUUGAAUCCUGAACCGUCUUUUAGGAGCUGUGGCAUAGCGCGUGCCAUUUUUAACCCUUUGAAAAGAGAUAGUGUGGGCAUUUACAAAACAGCUUGUUGCUCUGUAACAUUUUUUUUUUUAACCUUGAGACUUGAAAUGUAAAAUGGACCUUUAAGAUUUGCACUCAUUUGUAAGGUGGCUGUUCAUAGAGAACUAUGAAUGAAGACUUGCUGAUGUAGCACCUACUUUUAACAGCAAUUUUAACUACACAAAAGCUUCACAGCUUCUGAAAUGCUCAGCUGGUGACUUGCAGAUCGUGUUCUGCCCUUAUUUCACCCUCUGCAUUAGGUUUUCACGGUCUUGAUUCAAUAAAGAAGCCAAACUCAAUAGCUGCUGUGCCCUUUAAGCCGUAUUUCCACUUUGAAGAUGUUUAGGAGGGGUGUGAUUACCCGCAUGUUUUCUAUAACAGACUAUGCACUGUACCUCCUGCGCCGCUCCAGCAUUCAGUAUUUCUACCGUUUUCUGGCCCAAGAUGCACCCAGAUAAGUGCAUGUUGAGGUGCUGUGCAUUUUGCUACCCGUAGCAGAUAGCUGUUAAGCCAGAGGCGUAUCAGGAUUUGUAGUUAGCCACAAACCCCACGCCGACAUCCCGAAUGGCUCCGAGUCUCUCUGCCUUCCCAGUGCGCCCGCGUUCCUUCUGCAACUGGAAACAUCGCCAAGUGCAUGCAAGCCUUGUGGGAAGAGGAAUAACUUCCAUUUACCUGUGGGUUGUUGGAUGCUGUUUGAUUCCCUUGUCUCAUACCUGGACGUGACGGGGGCAGUCGGGGCGUCCCGAGCCUCUGACCUGAUGCCUGGUGUCACAAAGCAUUCAGCGUUGCCUCGUGGAAGGUUUUCUUCUUGGAAAAUGAGCGUGAAUAAAGAAAAGAAGGUCGUUCUUUUAGGAAGGGAAGCCAGACAGCAGGACAGCAAUAAACACAAUGAAAUUCAUAUCUUGCCUGAGUGAUUUGCACUUCAAUAGUUGUGAAAGAAAAUUGAUGGGGACUCCAGUGCUUUUGUGUUCAGUUCUAGCCCCUUUCGUACCUCCUUUAUACAACAAGUGUUGAGCUGCACACGGGGUGUUUACAAACACUCCUUGGGUUGUGAUUUUUCUUGCGGUUAUUUUUUUUGCUUUAGCUUGAACUCUGUAUGGUCCAUUUGUUGAAUAGAUGUGAACAGUUGAUGUACAGUACUUACUAAACAAGCAGCAGCACAAAACUUAUUUUAUUAAGAAAAUAUGGCGUAUAUUUUAAAGGUUGGGUAUCAACUUUGGUGUUUUUUUUCUUUUUUUGUACGCGUGGAAUUCAGACUGGUAAAGAGUAACAAAACCCCUGGAUUAGGCCAAAAGGUAACGCUGUAAGAUCGUAACCACCUCUUUAUUAAAGAAAAUGGGAUGAUUAAAGAGCUCCAGAACAUUGUAUUUAUAUUUGAUUUCAUCGCUUUUGUGGAUUUAUUUUUUUUUAUUUUAAGGUUUUGUUUUUUUUUUUGCCUUAAUCCUGAUUUUUGCUUGCAACUUUGACUUUGCAGUCCCAAGUGUCUGUUACCCUGUAAGUGUUGGCAGAAGACCUAAAUAAAAGCAAUGUGAACAUG